GUCGGCCGCCGUAUGGUGUCGUGGCGUUUGUGUUGUGAAGAUUUGCUGCAGUUAACAGAGUCACUUACAAGUGAAACUUCUUCCUUAUUUAGUCUUUUAACAUAAAGUACUGGACAGUAUUACCUUUAGAAGAUCGACAUGAGGCGCGCCGGACUGGGUGAAGGAGGCUCUGGGAAUUAUGUAGCUAGUGGAUAUAGUGUGUACGAGGAAGAAAAUGAGCACCUGCAGGAGGGACUCAGGGCUAAAGUCAACGCUUUAAAAAGUCUCUCCAUUGAUAUUGGCUCAGAGGUCAAAUACCAGAAUAAAAUGCUGGAGGAUAUGGACACAGACUUUGACUCCACAGGUGGCCUGCUUGGCGCCACCAUCGGCAGAGUCAAGCAGCUGUCCCGGGGCAGUCAGACGAAACUGCUGUGCUACAUGUUACUCUUCUGCUUUUUCGUCUUCUUUGUCCUGUACUGGUUCAUCAGGCUGAGGUGAUAGGAGGAUCCCGUAAGACUCGGUGCUUCAGUUCUUCUCUUCCAGUCUGUGCUACAGUGAUGACCAAGACAGUAAAGAGAAAAGGCAGGGAUGUUUUUUUUUUUUUUUAUUGAAAUCAUUAAGCUUUUAUGUGCCCCAGUGUCUGACAAUGACUCAAGAAGAAACUGAGAAAGGCCUCCUACUCAUGUUGUUUGAUGGAGUACCAAAAAGUAAAAGUGGUUUAGAAGGAAAAGGUCUGAGAUAAUUGAUGAUCACAUGAAUUAUAGUGGAUACUGUUAUGCAUAAGUGAAGCAGACAAUGUCAGUAUUUACAGUGUUUAUUCAUAACAUCUGACUAAUUAACCUGGACUGAGAACAUAAGAGCGUGAUUAAUGACUGUAGAACAUACGACUGUGUCGAACUGUAAUUCUCAGCAAUCAACAACAAAUCUGUGAAAGUUUGUCAGGCAGCACAAGCUGAGUUCAAGUUAAGUAAUAGAAUAUCUUAAAUGCGUAAUCUAGUGUAUUUGCUUUAAGAAUAAAAGAGUACAUUAUGUUGUCAUGUGACAAACACACAAGAAACGGUAGUAUACUUCAUUGUUUCAUCUUUAUUGUAAAAAAAUGUUAAUGUAAAUAAACAAAUUUUAUGCUCUG